CGUGUCAAAUGGAACAAUGUAACGGAUCAGAGUUGACAGCCUCAGUCGAGAGGUUACUGAUUAAUCUCAUUCCGGCUUCAUAACCAUAGAUAAGGGCUCGACAUCCGCCUGAAUGACGGGAGAAUGACCGCAGGUCCGCAUUGAGCAUUUUAGCGUCUUCUUUUCAAGGAAAAUUUGCUUUGAAUGGGGAACGUAAUUUGCAUGCUACCCAAGUUCAGGCAGGAUCUUACACAAGCCUGGAGACGGGGAACGCACCUGCCUCUCUUCCUCGACCUGUAGACUCAUUCAUCAGCACCAGCCGUCUUUAAUGGGAUAAACUAUCUCCAGAGAUCAGGCCUCCGCAUGGUACUCUGGUCGAAAGAUCAAGACAAACUGUCCGACAUGUCCGCCGGGACGGAAAGGAUAGAGAUGAAGAAGGAGGGGGCGCCGCCAGCGUUCCACCACUCUAACGGGUCGGUCCAUCCGGUUAUACUUCCCGACAACACCGAGGAGGUGCCCCAGACCCCCGGGGAGUACGAACUCACAGAGGUGACCUCCAUACCAGACCGCAGUGAUCAGGAGAACGAGCGGCCGGACAUGGUGGUCCUAGACUGUCGGGCCAACGCAAAGGGCCAGAGGGAAGAGGACGCCCUCCUGGAGAACGCCAGCCAAAGCAAUGAGAGUGACGACACUAGUACGGACCAAAGCCCGGUGCCGCCGGCUCCACUAAAGGAAACGUCCUUUUCCAUUGGACUCCAGGUUUUGUUCCCUUUCCUGCUGGCAGGGUUUGGGACAGUUGCAGCUGGCAUGGUUCUGGACAUUGUUCAGCACUGGACGGUAUUCACAGAGGUGACUGAAGUCUUUAUCCUGGUGCCUGCUCUCUUGGGCCUGAAGGGGAACUUGGAGAUGACCCUCGCGUCCAGACUGUCUACUGCGGCUAAUAUUGGACAAAUGGAUACAGCCAAGGAUAUGUGGAAAAUGAUCAUGGGAAACCUCGCACUAAUUCAGGUUCAGGCCACAGUGGUGGGCUUCCUGGCUUCCAUCGCCGCAGUCAUUUUUGGCUGGAUUCCAGAGGGUAAUUUUAAGAUGGGCCAUGCCGUUCUGCUCUGUGCCAGCAGCGUGGCCACGGCUUUCAUCGCUUCUUUGCUGCUAGGUCUUAUCAUGAUCGGGGUUAUCAUUGCGUCCAGGAAGGUUGGCAUCAAUCCAGAUAAUGUGGCCACCCCCAUUGCAGCCAGCCUCGGUGACCUGAUCACCCUGGCACUGUUAGCUGGCAUCAGUACGGGCCUGUAUAAGGAGCUCGAAUUCAACGAUUAUGCCAACCCAAUGGUUUGUGCCUUCUUCGUCGCCCUGACACCCAUCUGGGUGCUUAUCGCCCGGCGGAUACCUUCCACCCGAGAAGUGCUGUACUCAGGCUGGGAGCCUGUCAUUAUAGCCAUGGCGAUCAGCAGCGUUGGAGGCCUCAUUCUGGAUAAGACGGUAUCUAACCCCAACUUUGCUGGAAUGGCGGUUUUCACUCCCGUCAUCAACGGUGUGGGCGGCAAUCUGGUGGCGGUUCAAGCCAGUCGAAUCUCCACCUACCUGCACAUGAACGCCUUGCCCAUAGCGGAGCCAAACCCAGCCCCACGGAAAUGUCCCACUCCCUGGAGCACAUUCUUUGGCUCAGGUGUCAACGCACGUUCUGCCAGAGUGCUCUUCCUCUUGGUCGCUCCUGGUCAUCUGGUCUUCCUCUAUACUAUUAACUCUAUGCAGGGUGGACACACCACUCUCACCUCUGUCUUCAUUGCAUUUUAUCUGGCCUCAGCUCUGCUUCAGGUUGUGAUCCUGUUGUACCUUGCAGACUGGAUGGUAAACUGGAUGUGGCGUCGAGGGAUGGAUCCCGACAACUUCUCCAUUCCCUACUUGACAGCCCUGGGAGACCUGCUGGGGACGGGCUUCCUGGCUCUGUGUUUCCACAUCCUGUGGCUAAUUGGAGAUCGGGACACAGAUGUGGGUGAUUGAUCCACACUGCUUCCUCUGACUCUGUCCAAGCAACACAAACGUCUUUAUUUAUAAUGCCACAUAGAGAAAUAAUAUCUAUAUUGUUAUGGCUACAAUGGCUACCAUGAUUAUAUUGAUGACAAUUUUGCUUUAGUAUUGAUAUGUAAUUUCAUUGUUGUUUAACUACUGGGAGAACAACAAUCCUCAUUAUUUUUCAAUGGGGACGUUCGGCCCGAAUUUACGGCCAGUCUCGUUGGCUGCAUGUAAAGAGGACAUCGACCUAAACUUGAAAUAUUUCACGAGAGGCAAACACAGAAUCCUAAAUCACCAAGUGCUACAAAAUAGUGAUUUUGAUGGCGGCUUUCACGGCCACAUACAGACAAAAAUAAACAUAUUUGGACCAUCACAGAGUGACCUAAAUAACAUUUCAUGCUAGAGAUCGAAAGAAUCAUUUAAGUCUUAAUAUCGGAGAAUCUCAAGCGGGACCUUUCGAUGAUAAAAACAUGCAUAUACAGUAAAAACGCAUAGAAAUAAAAGCCCUAUUUAACUCGCUAUGCUACGUUUUCGGGAUCUAAAUUUGCUUUAGCAGCUCUGCUUAUGGUUGCAGAGAGAGAAAGUAACCUAAAGUGCUUCAUUGUUUGAUUGAAAUCCCUGAAAUACUCAAGUUGUGCAAUGAAAAGGGUUCAUGGGUUGUUUACGGUCAACACAUAAAUGAUCAGACUUUGCCGUUAUUAUGAAGUCCACAUCCGUUAAUCUCCAAAAUCUCUUCCGUGGACGGUUUCUGUAGUAAUAGUUAACAAAGUGGUUAUUUUAAAAGGACUGUGAGUAAGAAAAUGACAGCCGGGACCCUUUCUAUCAAAUCAGAAAUCAUAUUUCACAAUGUACUUUAAAAGGCUUUCUAAAUCCCAAUGAAUAUUCUAUCAUAUAGAGUAUGCAGUUGACCCUCUGCUAAGCUGCGCCUUAAUUUUUAGUUAAAAGUGAUCAAAACUAACUGAUAAUUAUUCUCAUGUGACUUGAAAGGAAGUAUACAUCGCAGAGAAAUUUAUCAGCCUUUAAGAAAUUUCAAUUAUCCAGUGACAUAAUUAGAAAAAAAAAAUGCUAACUCGGGGCAAAAAAGCUUAUCACAGUCAAUUAAAAAGAAAAAGGCCCGUUUCAUAGCUCAAUUACCUUAUGGAUAGGCUAUAUUUUUGCAUAUUAUCUGUAAAAGGCAGCCUAAAACUACACUGUAAAAUGAUUUUUCCAAGAAAAUGAAAAUGACAUGAAAUAAAGCAAAGAUUGCCGGAGUACGUUGCAGAAGAAAAUGCUAUUUCAAGUCUUUCUCCUUCAAAAUUUCACGCUUCAUUGUGCUACUUGCUAUUUCUUUGUAAUUAUUUGUGAAAUUUGAGAGAAAGUUGUUAAAUCCCACGCCGAUUUUGUAAUACCUAAGCCGGUUUGUUUUAACGCAAAGCGUAGCGAGGAGUCGGUUGGUGAAUUUGUUACUUUAAACGCUCGUUGACAGGAAAUGUGAAAUGCUCUGCCUCAGAAGCCUUUUCACAAUAAGAUUUAUGCAAAAAAAAUGCUUAUAAAAAGGGCUAUUUAGACGUCUACACCUCUGUACCGCCGCAUGCUAGGUAUAACAAAAAGUGCUGUUUAACUGGCUGAAGUGAAGCCAUGCUUGAUUAAAUUCCACAAAAUAGUUUCUUUCAUACCGAAGAGGGGAGAGGUUUCGUUUUGAAUGUUAAGAGAUUAAUGCCACUCAGAAACACUUGAAAGGCUAACGCUAGCAGCUAAUCUGUACCUCAGUUCUCGGCCAUAAAAAUCUCUAAUCCGUAGCUGACAGUAAACUAAUGUAUAUUUUAAUGACUAGCAAGGCCUUAUAAAGCAGCUGACCUCCAGUUUAUGGGCAGUGUGUUGUUAUUAGCCUGCCGUUGCUAAAGGGCUGCAUAGAAACAUCACUUUCAUAUAAUUCACGAUAUAUUAAAUACAGUACCCUUUUGUUUUUUACUGUACGCUCAAAUGUCUGUUUCCUUUAAUUGUGCAAGUGCGUUAAGGCGAACUCUAGUGUUAAUACGUUUAACGUCGCGUUAGAUCGCUGUGCACAAGAUGUACUGUAAUGUCAGAGUUUGCCGCAAGAGGUCGCACUUGUGCAAGAAGAGCAUGCAGCUCCAACGUUUAUACCACAAUUAUGCAUUCAAACAUCACAAAUAUUACUGUGCAACUGAUCCGGUGCUGCCGUUGUACCAUGACAGCUCUCUAUAGUUGUGAAUAUUUCUUCAGGGGAUGGGAGGCUUUGUUUAUUUAUUUCUAUAGAUGCGACAAAGCUAUUUGUAAAUAAUAUAUUUAUUCUAUAAAUGUUUAUUUUUCAUUUUGUUGCAUUUUUCUUUGCAUUGGACCAGUAGAGAUGUUUACUGUAUGUUUAUCAGUAAUUUUUUUUUUCUUUUCUUUUUUUUCGUCUUAACAAAUAUAUCAAAGUUUGGUGCCUAAUAUCCAGCAAAACCUCACACUCGAUCUGGUUCGGUGAACUGAGCAUAAUAUGCCUUAACAAAUCACAAGCAAGGCUCGACACAUAGGUAUUAUAGGUCUUCUGAUUUGUCUUUUUUCUAUUUUUUUUUUUUUUUAAUUAAUGGAGUUGAUUUUCAUUGUAUUCUGUCGAUUUGUGUGCACAAAUCAUCCCAUCCGUUGUGUUCUUCCAGGGCAGAUGUAUCAGUGGUAGUGGUAAGAUAUCCAAAGCAAAGCCACUGAGAUCCCCAUGAGUUUUAGAGGAAAUUAAUAUUUACUUGUGGGUUGUCUAAUUUGUCACAUAUUCCCUCUAAUCUGUAAUCUGCAUAUAACUUCCUACAAGAAAACAUAACCUUCCUUGAGUUAAAUUGCCCUCGAGGGCCAGAUCCCGGCCUCUUAAGCGAGACUAAAACUUACCAGAUUAUCCGAGAGUGUACAGCUAGUAAUGGUAACUGGUUAUCUGAGUUCUUUGAUUUCUUCCCCAUCAGUUUCUGCCCCAGCUGCUUCAAUCUGACACUGUUAAGGGGACCUAACAGAGGUACUUGUAAAUUGCUGGAAAUAAAAGAUUAUAUUAUUUCGUA